AUGCCUGCCCCGACUGGGACCAAACGCGUGCGCGGUGUCCAAGCUUAUCGUCCCUUCAUCUACGGUACCGAGGCCAUCCCCUUCGAUCCAGAGAACCGUCCCAAAGAUGCGCCACCCGAUCAUACACAUAAAUGGAAGGUCUUUGUCCGCGGAGUCAACAACGAGGAUAUCUCAUAUUGGCUGAGGAAGGUACAGUUCAAACUUCACGACACUUACGCGAAUAGCGUGCGGAUGAUCGAAAGUCCGCCUUUUGAGGUGGAAGAGACGGGAUGGGGUGAAUUCGAAAUUGCGAUCAAGUUCUACUUUGUCCCCGAAAGCAACGAGAAGCCGCAACAGAUCUGGCAUGGCCUCAAGCUGCAUCCAUACUCGGGCGAUAUCGAACAACAAAAGAGGGACCGGGCUAUGAUCUCUAGCCUGUGUUACGAAGAGGUUCUAUUCAACGAACCUGUUGAAGCCUUCUACAAGAUCUUGACAGGAGGUGCGCAAGCGGUCAAGUCAAAGGGGGCCAAGGGUAGCAAGGGCAUAAUCAAAGCUCCGCCAACAGCCGAGAUUCCCUUAAAAAGCACUCCAGGCAACAAGUUCAGCAGAGAAGAGGAAAGCAAAGAGCUAGAUCGGUUGACUGAGGCGGUAAAAACGGUUCAAAAGCUGAUUGGGGAGGAAAAGGACAAACUCGUCAAAGCGGAAGCAAAGCUACAGGAAUUAGAGAAAACCGAAGGAAAGCCUGUCAAGAAGAAGUGA